AUGUGCAAAGAAACACUUCGCGUUAUCGAAAUCCAUAACAGAAGUUCGCCAAUUUUAGUUGUAUCAACUUCAAUACUAACAAUGCCACUGGAAGAAGUUGAUUUUAACUCGCUGAAUAUAAAAGAGAAUUUGAAAAACUAUGAGGUUGUGUUUACAAAACUAUUUUCUUCUAAAAUUGACUCAUCAAAGCAAGUUUAUUCAACAGUAGAAUCAGAUGAAGAAAUUUUAUUGGUUGAUAAUCCGAAUCGUUUUGUUAUAUUUCCAAUUAAAUUUCAUGAUAUUUGGGAUUUCUACAAGAAGGCUGUAGCAUCAUUCUGGACAGUUGAUGAGAUCGAUUUAAGUAAAGAUUACCGUCAUUGGAUAAAUUUGAACGAUGGAGAGCGCCAUUUUAUUUCCAGAGUUCUAGCUUUUUUUGCCGCAUCAGAUGGUAUUGUCAAUGAAAAUUUGGUAAAUCGCUUUUCUCAAGAAGUCCAAGUACCAGAAGCUCGGUUUUUCUACGGUUUUCAAAUUAUGGUGGAAAAUAUUCAUUCAGAAAUGUACUCAAAAAUGAUCGAGACCUAUAUUCGUGAUGAAGCUGAAAAGUCAUCUUUGUUCAAUGCAAUAUUUGAAUUUGAAUUUAUAAAAAAGAAAGCAGAUUGGGCGCUGCGUUGGAUAGCAGAUAAGAGAUCACCAUUUGCGGAACGCUUAAUAGCUUUUGCUGCUGUUGAGGGGAUAUUUUUCUCUGGGAGUUUUGCUGCUAUAUUUUGGCUAAAAAAGCGUGGUUUGAUGCCUGGUUUGAGUCACAGCAAUGAACUUAUUUCGAGAGAUGAAGGCUUGCAUCGUGACUUUGCUUGUCUUUUGUAUGGUUAUAUCAAAAAUAAACCAUCAGAAAGAAGAAUUAAUGAUAUUAUACGCGAAGCAGUUGACAUUGAGAAAGAAUAUCUCACUGAAGCACUGCCUGUUAAUUUAAUUGGCAUGAACUGCAAAUUAAUGUGUCAAUAUAUUGAAUAUGUAGCGGACCAUUUACUCACAGAACUUCACUGUUCAAAGAUCUACUAUUCUGACAAUCCUUUCGAUUUUAUGGAACGUAUAUCAGUGGAAGGAAAAACCAAUUUUUUUGAAAAACGUGUCAGUGAAUACCAAAAAGCAGGUGUACUAGGUACUGAUGAUGGUAAAAAAUUCAAGCUAGAUUCAGACUUCUGA